AUGAACUUGCGAAACCCAGUUUCCUUCAACUAUAAUUCAAACACAAAUAUCAACAAUAGAUAUUUCCAUGAACAAAGCACUGAUAACUAGUAUUUUGAAACAUGUGGGGGUGGAAGGAGUAGAUCAAACGCGAAUUUAAGUUUUAAUUAAAUUGAUCACCAAAGCACAUAGCAAAAUACAGCUACUAGCUCUUUCUAAAACACUAAGAGAUGUCUUUCACAGCCUCAUUAAUAGCUUAAUUAUCAGGCAUAUAAUUAUCCCCCGCAUGAUUAAAAUGAGCACAAUAUAUUCAUCUAAGAGCAACAGCAAAACCCAAUUAAAAGAGAUGACUCUAAAGUCAUGAAAAACUAUAGAGAAUUCAUAGAUGAUGCAUUGCAUUCUCUUUCUCAGGAGAGACAAAGAUAGAGCAGAGACAUUGAUCGGAUUAAAUCUGAAAUAAACUCUAUCAGAGAUUCCUCCAGCAAGCCAAGAGGCGGCUAUGCCAAUUAAACUUAGUAUAAGCCUCCUUUAUCUAACAAGUCAAACUAUAAUAACUUAAACGGUAACUAUAAUUCCCUCAAAAGCACACUAAAUAAUACUUAAAGAGACCUUUCUUAGAGAGAUUAUUAGUCAAAUAUCCAUACUUAAUACUCUACUCAUCAAAAUCCAUUUAUGCCAACACUUGAGAAUACAGCUAGAAUAACUGAUGAUCAUUUUAUAAGUACAGGUACUCAGUAAAAUAUUUAACUAAUGCACCCAUACAGUUAGCACCAAAUAUCCAAUCACAAUUCAUCCAUUGAAACUUAAAUGGAGGAUCUAAACAAUAUUGACAUUAAUUACAGAUCAGUUGUUGCUGCUGUAUCAAGUUCCCAUCGAGAUAAUAAUUUAUAAUCACACUCAAAUUAGCAUUAAAAUCAAGCUGAAUAGACAGAGAUAGAAAUAAUCAGGAAAUAAUUAAAGCUAGAACUUAAAAAGAUUGAGCAUGAGAAGGAAGCAUACUAAUAGCAGAGAAAUCAGCUUGAAAAGCUUAAUAAGGAUAAGAAUCAGGACAUGUUAAUGGAAGAAUAUACCAAAGUCAAAUAGUAGUUAUUUGAAACUAAGGUCAGACUAGACUUCGUUGAGAAUGAGAAAGUAAACAUGAGAAAACAAAUCGAUGAAAAAGAUAGCAAGCUCAGGAAAUUAGAGAGGGAGAAUAGGGAACUCAAGAAUCAGAUAUAAGACCAAGAUUGCAAAUACCUAAAAGAUAUGGAGAUCACUGCCAAAUAUAUUGAGUAACAAAUGAAAGUCAGCUCUAAGCUGUCCAAGAUUCUCAGACAGUACUUCUUAGAUUACGAAUCACAUGAUCAAGAAACACCUAUCCUAGACAAGGCAGAUAUUUUAGAGAGACAUUUGGUAAAAAGAGAUUUAAAGAAUUCUAAGAAGAGCAUACUGAUAUCUAAUUAGACAGAUUAGAAUUAAGAUAAACCCAAUAAAGAUCAUUUACAAUAAGAAUCAAGGAGUAAAAGUGGAAGCAAAACUCCAUUUAGAAUGAGUAAAGCAUCUACUCACAAUAGAUCUUAGUACAAUGUGUCUCAAAACUAGGAUUAUAACUUGUUGAUGAGGAAAAUGGAUGAUUUGGAAAGCGCUUUGUCUCAUAAGAAAAAUCAGCUUUUGUAAAAUAGCAAGAAACAAACAAGCACCAAGAAAAAAAACAUGUCUACUUAAUUAAUCAGAUGA